AGAACCCACAGUUUAGACUCAGAGCUGAAGUCUGAACUCCACCUUGAGGCAGAAUGAGGUUCUCCCUGGGAUUUCUGCUUCUCAUGCUGUUGGUCUACAGCAUCACUCCAGUCCAUGGUGUUCUGGAGGCCUUUAACACAAACUUAAAGUGUAAAUGCGUCCAAGAGACCUCAGCCUUUAUCCCCAUCCAACUCAUUGAAAAGCUUCAGGUCUUGCCUCCUGGGAAUGGGUGCCCAAACAAAGAAAUCAUAGUUUGGAAGAAGAACAAGUCAGUUGUAUGCUUGAACCCUCAAGCUAAAUGGAUACUAAAAUUAAUAAAAAUGUUACAGAGAAAAAGUGCUGUUUCAACCCCAUGAGCUCCAGUGUUUAAGAAAAGAGUCAACUGAUGCCAAUAUCCCUACUAAGGAUACCUGCAUAUGCCCCUCCUCCUGCUCUGGGUUUUAGUUUUGUAUUUGGCUGAGUCUUUCCAAGAAAAAGAACUUCCCCAUAUAAGCAAGCAUGAAAAUAUAUGUUAAAUAAGCUUACAGAAGCUGAUGUGGCCAACUUGAGCUUUUUAAAAAUUAUAGUACCCUUAUACACUUGGACUUUGCAUUCUUAUUAAUCAGGAAGAAAGUUUCCUUGAGGAUACUUAG